AUGACAUUGACAUCCACAUCUGCAUCUGCAUCUCCCCGGCUCGAAACGGCCAGGACGUUCAUAGCGGGAUUCGCCAACCUCUCCGCCGACGCGCUCGUCUCUACCCGCACCGCCGACUGCACGCAUCUCUUCGCGCCGGCAUCGUUGGGCGCGCUGACGACGCCCAAGGACAAUGCGACCUUUGCCGCCCAUCUGGCCGGCCUGCGCGACGUCCUGGCCGGCUUCCCCGUCACGGCCAAGGAGAUGAUCGAGUCGGACAUCCAGAACACCGUGACCGUCUGGGCCACCAGCAACGCGCUGUUCCGCGACGAGUUGAAGGACGACGGCUUGCCCGCCGACGAGUGGGCCUAUCGCGGGGAGUACAUCUUCCUCCUCACCAUGGACGACACCGGCCGCCGCAUCCGACGCAUCGUCGAGUUCCUCGACAGCAAAGCCACCGACCGCCUGUUGCUGCUGAUGGCCAGAGCUCGGGAGAACCGCCGCAAGCUGCUGGCCGCAAACUCGGCGUCACUGCAUUCUUCCUAG